UUUCGCUUCGUCAAGGGUUUAAGACCAUGCUUUUCGGCUGCAGUCAGUAUUGAAUUUGGAUAAAAUUAGGCGUCCUCUGGGGUCCAUCGCUGGGUUAUCGUUGACUUUGCUGAGAUUCGGUCAGACAUGUCGCGGCGGAAGGAUUAUUCGACGCCUUUGCCCUUUCCGUAUGCUAAACAAUUCUCUGGUGUGCCGGACGAGGGCACGCUUCCCCCGAAGCCACAGCAAUCACAGCAAUCACAACAACCUUACCAGCCCCAGCAGCCCCAGCAGCCUCAAUUGCGCCAGAACGAUGCGGGAUUCCCGAUUGGUAGAGCUGCGCAAGGGCGAGAUCUGCUCAAGGAAGCUGAAGCAGACUAUAUGAAGAUUGCAGUAGGGCAAUCUGGAGGAUUUCAAGGAUAUCGGCAUCCCGCCAGAGAGGACGAAGGCUAUGCCAGUCACGUUGACGAGAUUUCCACAGACGGACGCUCUUCCUCCGAGCCUUCAAUGACCGAGGUUAUCUCUCCACUUGAAGAAGACUAUGCCCGUCGAAGGAUCCCGUCUCCUCCUGCUAUUGCACAAUUACGAUCACCUGUACAAGAUACCAGGCAAACUCUGUUGAGUAGCAUGAACGCUCGUCCUGAUCCUCCUCCGCCUGUACAAGAUGUCAGGCAAACUCAGCCGAAGAGCAUCAACGUUCGUCAAGAGCUCCCUCCCCCUGUACCUGAUAUCAAGCAAAUCCAGUCAAUGAACCUGAACCGUUACCCUGAGAUUCCUCCCCGCAAGCAGAGGCGUCAAAAAGGUCCCAUAUAUGAGGAAGUCGAGGGAGCCACACUCGAUGCUCGUCCGGCAUCGGCGUCAAACAACAAGGACCCUGAUGAAGUUAUCCCAGAAUUCGAAGCAGCCGAUGUCAGGGAGAUUCCAAGCAAGAGACCCCAUUUGACUUGGGAAAGCAGCCUCGAGGAUGACGAUCCCUCGGAUCAGUCAUACCCACCGAGUACUGCGAGCCGUCAAACUCCCUCCCCAAACACCUCGAGAAGUGCUGGUUCUGGCUCGUCCAACUCCACCAUCGGUGCCAUCAACCCCAGAUUACAUGAGGCCAUGGGCGGUCAGCCGUCGUCUUCGGCACAUGGCAGUGGUGCUGCAGAACUGGAUGGACGCCCAUCGAAUCCUCGGGAGUCAUUCACACCUUCAGACGUUUCAGACGUCGCGAGUGAAUUGAGCGGUGAAUCGGCUCCUAUUCAAACACAAACCAGACAACUGACUCUGGACUCAAUUGUCGAGGAAGAUGGAGAAUCGGUCAACCAAACCGCUCUGUCAGCGGCGGCGCCAUCGCCGGCCGUGCCAAGGGCGACCGAUGCAGACAUAGCACCGGAACCCAGAGGCAUCCACAAGAUCUCCUCCACUCUAAAAUCCGCACUUUCGGGUUCUGGUGAGGGGCCCAGACAUGACGACCGGUCAGCAAGCCAGGGCAAUGAUCCGCCAAAAGUUGUCUCAAUUGAUGGUAUAGGCGGCGAUCAGCAUGUCUAUGAGAUGAUCCCAGAGACGUCAAAUCUGCCGACGCCCAGUGGUGAGAGCGGUCACAGUAGUAUCAGUCCAAUGAGAGUCGAUACCAGCACCAGCAGUGGUGGCUCAAGUUCAGCCAGUUCUGCAAAUGGCGGUUUGUUUGGCCAUGUAAAGAGUGGGCUAGCCUCGGUCACUCAUGCGGUCCACGAGAGGGUCAAGAAGAACGUCAGCUUCAGCCCGGUCGACGAUGUGAGGUUCCGCACUCCUUCGCCUGGACAGUCAACGAUUGGGGCCGGCAGUAGGCGCUCAAGCGGAGAGCAGCGGCGGGAAUAUUGAUUGACAGAGUCGUAUUCGGAUAUGACGAGAACGACAAGAGUCAGUAUUGUAUGACUAGAAUAGCAGGGACCUGGUCUCGACGAGAGGAGUUUGCCCCUGCGACUCGUUGCGAGCAUGAUAUCUAGGGGAUAUUGGGUUAUGAUCAACAUUGCCCCAUCCUUGGGGACGUUCGGUAUGAGGAUCAGCGAGGUACAUUGGCGGUGGUCUCUAUGUAAAUAUAGGUGGUACUGUCUGACCAUACAACAUAUCUUAACUUCUUCGAGUAUACACCUGAGUAUAUCUCAUCUAUGCAUGGGUUUCAGUCAGACAAUGUCACUUUUUUCCUAGUCGGC